GUGGAAAAUCCAUGAAGCUUGUAUGCUGGCCCUGGGCUCUGUGAAGUCUAUCAUUACAGACAGUGUGAAGAACGGCAGAAUACAUUUUGAUAUGCACGGCUUCCUGACAAACGUCGUUCUUGCAGACCUCAACCUCUCGGUGUCUCCUUUCCUCCUGGGUCGGGCUCUGUGGGCCGCCAGCCGUUUCACAGUGGCUAUGUCACCAGAACUGAUCCAGCAGUUCCUGCAAGCUACCGUCAGCGGUCUGCACGAAACACAACCUCCUUCUGUCCGAAUCUCUGCCGUCAGAGCUAUCUGGGGCUACUGUGACCAGCUGAAGAUCUCUGAGAGCACCCACGUGUUGCAGCCUUUCCUGCCCAGCAUUCUGGACGGGCUGAUCCACUUGGCAACGCAGUUCAGCUCAGAGGUGCUGAACCUCGUGAUGGAGACGCUGUGCAUCGUCUGCACGGUAGACCCAGCGUUUACAGCAAGCGUGGAGAACAAGAUCUGCCCCUUCACAAUUGCAAUAUUUUUGAAGUACAGUAACGAUCCAGUUGUUGCUUCUCUUGCCCAGGAUAUCUUUAAGGAGCUAGCUCAGAUAGAAGCCUGCCAGGGUCCCAUGCAGAUGAGGCUGAUCCCAACGCUCGUCAGCAUCAUGCAGGCCCCUGCGGACAAGAUCCCAGCGGGGCUUUGUGCAACUUCUAUUGAUAUAUUGACCACGGUGGUGAGGAAUACAAAACCUCCUCUGUCCCAGCUCCUCAUCUGCCAAGCAUUCCCUGCAGUGGCCCAGUGCAGCCUGAACACAGACGACAAUGCGACAAUGCAGAAUGGUGGCGAGUGUCUGCGUGCGUACGUCUCGGUGGCGCUGGAGCAAAUUGCGCAAUGGCACGAUGAGCAAGGCCACAACGGGCUGUGGUACGUGAUGCAGGUGGUGAGCCAGCUGCUAGAUCCCAGGACCUCCGAAUUCACCGCUGCCUUCGUGGGCAGGCUGGUCUCCACUUUGAUUUCAAAAGCUGGAAGUGAGCUGGGAGAGAACCUGGACCAGAUCCUGAGAGCAAUCCUGAGCAAAAUGCAACAAGCGGAGACGCUCAGCGUGAUGCAGUCCUUGAUUAUGGUGUUCGCUCACUUGGUUCACUCACAACUGGAACCACUCCUGGAGUUCCUGUGUAGCCUCCCUGGACCAACCGGGAAGCCCGCGCUGGAGUUUGUGAUGGCCGAGUGGAUGAGCCGGCAGCACCUCUUCUACGGGCAGUACGAAGGGAAAGUCAGCUCGGUGGCACUGUGCAAGCUGCUGCAGUACGGCAUCAGCACCGACGACAAGCGGCUGCAGGACAUUCGGGUGAAGGGAGAGGAAAUAUUUAAUAUGGACGAGGGGAUACGGACACGAUCAAAGUCGGCCAAAAAUCCUGAACGCUGGACAAACAUUCCUUUGUUAGUAAAAAUCUUAAAAUUAAUAAUAAAUGAACUCUCUAACGCGAUGGAAGCAAAUGCAUCUAGGCAGACAACUGCAGACUGGAGCCAAGAUGAUUCGAAUGAUAUGUGGGAGGAUCAGGAAGAGGACGAGGAUGAAGAUGAAGGCUUAGCAGGACAGUUCUUGUCAGAUAUUCUUUCCACCAACAAGUAUGAUGAGGAUUACUAUGAAGAUGAUGAAGAGGAUGAUCCAGAUGCGUUAAAGGACCCUCUUUACCAAAUAGAUCUCCAGGCCUACCUGACCGAGUUCCUCUGCCAGUUUGCGCAGCAGCCCUGCUAUGCAAUGUUUUCAGACCAUCUCAAUGAGAAUGAAAAGCGAGUGUUACAGGCCAUUGGUAUAUAAACCCACUCGAGAGACCAUAUCCAUCAUAUCUGGACAAUAUUUUUUUUAUUAGGAUGAUGAUUUUGGCUUAUUCCACGUUUUAUGAUUAAACAUAAAACAUUUUCCGGUGUCCGCCUGCUUGUUCCAGGUGGACGGUGGCCUCGUUGCGAUGUAUUGAGCCUCAUCUUAACAUGAACCUGCUGAGGGAAGGAAUACUAAGAAAGCAGCAAGGACGGAAGUUUCCAGAGCUUUGCACAUUGGUCUCACCAUGGGAGCACUUUCAUUUUCCACAGUAACUUUGCAGGAAGUUCUUAAAGAUAAAAAAAAAAUGUGUCCUUAAUAUUUUUAAAAGCAAACUGUCUCUACCUUCAAAGAGGCACUUAACUGAGUUUCCCACAGCACAGUUGGACAGAGGAGGGAACUGGGUCACUUGCAGA